AUGUUCUUCAAGAUCGACUUUGUUAAAGCUUAUGAUUAUCUGUCAUGGGAUUUCCUCUUAUACAUGCUUGAAGUUUUAGGUUUUGGUAACAAGUGGAUCUCUUGGUUUAAGGCGUGCCUUUUCUCGGCUAGAUUUUCAGUUUUAGUUAAUGGAAGCCCCACGGAUGAAUUUUCCAUUCAACGUGGUCUCCGGCAAAGCCAUCCGAUGGCACCUUUUCUCUUCAUUAUUGCUAUGGAAGGGCUUCAUGUUGCCAUUAAUAAUCUCGUCAGAAAUGGUCUUUUUUGUGGUGUGCAGAUUAAGCAGGUCAUGAUCUCUCAUCUUUUUUAUGUUGAUGAUGUAAUUGUUGCAGGUGAAUGGUCUCAAAGCAAUCUGACUAAUAUCUCUAAUGCUCUAAGAUAUUUCUAUGGCAUUUCGGGACUUAAAAUUAAUUUCCAAAAAUCUUCUAUCAUCGGUAUCGGGGUGUUGCAUGUGGAGGUUAAUCAGCUUGCUAGUAAGAUUGGAUGUAAAGCUGAAAGUUUGCCGUUUAAGUAUCUGGGUAUUCCUAUUGGUAGAAAUUCCAAAUGGAUUUCUUUUUGGGAGCCAGUUAUUAGUAAAUUCAAAAAGCGUUUAUUGGGUUGGAAAGCAAAUCUUCUCUCCAUUGGAGGUAGGCUCACUCUUAUCAAAUCGGUGCUUAGUUCUUUGGGCAAUUAUUAUUUGUCUAUUUUUCGUAUGCCUAAGUUGUUAUUAAUUCUCUUGAAUCGAUUAGAUCCUCUUUCUUUGGUAUUGGCAUUGAGAGUUUGA